AUGGCCAUCACUGAAGAGGAACUUCCGGCCGCUACGUCGAUCCCCAACAAAGCUCGCAAGAAUGCUCGUCUACGGACAACUUACAGCUCCUUUGGUCAAGAUGGCAUCACGGCAACCGCAAAUGCUUAUGGGCACUUGCUUCAAAUUACUCAAUAUUUUGGCAAUAAGCCAUCUGGGUUUGUCGCUGUCAACCUUGACGACACAGAAGAGCCGCAUUUUGUCAAAUGGCGCGCACAUGACCUGCAGCAGCAAUCCAUAGAUCCAACCCAAGGAAUGCGCCUGUUAUUGCAGAGGCCUGCCGAUGAUACAUCUGCCAUCGAUAUAUGGGAUACGAAUCCCAAGACGAUGUCGGUGCCAGCGAAUGUCUCACCCUCACCGCUAGUGAUACCGCCACCACGAGCGAAAGCAUCACCAAAGACGAGUCGAUAUGAUGUGCCAGUGCCUCGGCCACAGUGGGUAAAUCAGUCAGAGUCUGGGUUAGGAUCAACUGGGUCACAAAUCUUCUCCUCUGAGAUUCCGACAAUCGUCAUAGACACCAACUUAUUGCUCCGAGAUCUGGAUUUUAUGGCAAAAGAGGAGACGAAAGAAUAUGGUCUGGAACCCCAUUACUCUAGUCGCAUUACAAACGACGGCUACAGUGUAGCCAGGAUGCAUAGCGACUAUCUCUAUAAUAGGCACAGUGACGGUCGAAACGCAAACAAGAAUGAUCGAAACACAAUCGCACUGUUCAUAUCGCCCUUCAUUAAUGAGCGGCCUCAGCAGUUUUCACAACCAGCUCCUGAAGAUUUCGACAAUUACUUUGUGAUUCCAGAUGAGCAAGCUUGGAGCGAUUUAAUAGAAAACAAAACACUCGAAAUUACACUAGCAUAUACAUUGAAGUUGAUCACUUCAAAGGAAGAAGACAUUUCGACGUCUCCAGUGUCAGCAGCAGAUCUCAGGAAAGCAAAGGAGCAGAUCAACAAGCAUUCUCCAGGCAUGGUACCGAUCACCAUUGACAAACACCUUGAUUUUGUUUUGAGCCGAAAUUUGGAGCACAUAUUAUCUGUCUGUAGCAUCCCCGUCAGGAAAGUUUCAGAGGAUAUUUAUGCAACUGCUAUUACCUGUGGUGAUAUCUCUGGUCACCGGGUUUCUGGGAAAGCAAGUUUUCAUGCUUUUCAAUUUCUGCUUUUAGCCUAUCAAUAUUUCGAUUCCAAGGUUCCCGAAAGCGGCUUAUGCAAAUUGGAAAAAUGCACGUGUGAGAACUAUUGUUGCAAUAUGCGCUCCCGCAUCUUUCGAGUGUGUCAGGGGCAUCUAGAGUGGCUCUUUGGUGAAGAUCAUGGUUUCAGUCCUCACAGGUGGGCAACCGGGAGGGCAAUCGCCGAGUGGGAAAGCAAUCUUACUCUAUCCGAAAAGUCUGUGGUUGACGCCUCUCUUAACAUUAUUAAAGCCGCGGAUUUCUACCGGAUAUCGAAAGCGACACAGGAUACGAUUGACGACUUCAGAGGCGACGUUAACGACUGGAUUGAAGAUCUUCAUCGGAACAACCAGGACAUAGAAUAUGUUUUCCCACAUUCCUCGGAAGACCUGCCGCUGCAGUUCCAAUUAUCUGAUCAUGCUAUAAUAUGGCGCGCUCUCAAGUCUUUGGAAUUGAUCGGGCUCAGUUCAGAGCUGAAAGCCAAUACCAUACCCGGGCGCCGCAAAUCUAGUUACUCGUCUAGGAAGAUCCAGGACAGCAUAUUUAAGAAGUUCACCACAGAUUGCACGCAAUUGAGCGAGCGUUUGAUGGCGACUUCGCGCAGCUUAUCUGAAACCAGUUUUCUCCUUCACAUAGAGGACACUGCAACACUAUCAGCGAUGAAAAUGGGUUUAUUCGAUCUUCCAAAAAGAGAAGAAUUAGUCCGGAGAAUGACUAUUGAGUCAAACGAUGAGCCAGAUAACGUGGCUCCAGGAAUGCCAGUUGGCGCAUCAACUAGCAGAUCAGAUAACGACUUGACGGAUCCCUGGAGAAAUAAACACGAGGCCUGGAUGGCUACAAUAGACAGCCAAAAACUGCACGAAGAUAACGACGACGAUAAUUGGGAUCAUCCCCUCCAGUAUGCAUUGGCCAUGGUCUUAUCUGCAAGAGGAAUACAUAUGAAUUCUCAAACGCCGGCACAAAUGUACACAUUUGCACGGUCGAUACUGCUGCAAAGCUCCUCUCCAAAUGGAUUGUUCCCCGGACUGUUGGACGAGAAUAAAGACCCGGCUCUGUUUGAGGACGACGAUGCCUAUUGGCAUGCUUCGUUUGAAGUACCGUUUAUUCUCUGGGAAACAAAAAAGUAUUCGCCAAGAACUGAAGAAAAUAACACCGAUGAAACUUCCAGCUCAUUUUUACUACGACGGAACUCAGCUGAAGCCUCUAUUUCUGGCGCAGGCUUUGUAAAGAGAUAUGAACCGUUUACCGAAACCUCUGAUCUAGGGCCCAAUUACGAAUGGCUUUACAAGGAGCCUGAAUUCUUUGGCUUUCGUAUUGAUCUGUCAUCAAAGGCCAUUGAAAAGUUUUGCGAAGAGCACAGACGGAACGUCGAUAAGAGUUCUGAGACCAUCAACAGAGCAGUCGAUGCGGUUCAAUCUCCAAAGCAAGAUACUCUACAGGAUUAUGGAUAUAUCAUCGACAUAUCAGGGCCUGAAUAUACCAAAAUACUUGGCCAAAGAAACUUGCCUUUUAGAAUUUUUUCACCUGACAAGAUUCGAUCUUUCAUUGGAGGAGUUCGCGACACAACGAACGCGAAGAAGAGGUUUUUCCAUUUUUACCGUGCCAACUUGGAUGUCGCAUUAAACUGUUAUCUGGCGUCUUCAGAAGAAGAAGAAAUCUCCUCUUUCUUCGACAAGCAUUCGUCAUAUAGUAAAUAUUUCUUCGAAGAUACGACUGCCAUUUUCAACAAAUGGGUAACAGAACUGCAUUUGUCGUUUUAUCAGGUCGUUCCAGAUGAUGCCGCUUUCCAGGCCAUCCCCUGGACGGAGACGUUUAAAUUUCCAGAUUCUGCAGGAAGUGAAAGCGACAAGCGUGUUGGCCGUGCUGUUAUGAGCUUCAGAUUUGAUGGAGAUGUUUUUGACCAUUAUUGGACGUGUCACUUUUUUGAUCAUAAUCCACAAUGGUUGUCUAACACUCAAGCAGGCCGUCCACUGAUUAGCUCGAGGCAUGUUAGCGGUACUUUAGAAGCCGACCCCUGGCAGCAACGGAGAGUUUUGGAGCUUCUGUUAUUUGACAUCAUUCUGAAAGAAAUGAUCAAAGGCACCAAAGGGAUUCUUGAAGAGAUCAUGACGAGUGUUUUGACAAGUUCCCACUCCCACAAACAUCGAGCUACGGAUCAGCCGACAGUCGACUUUUCUGAAAUCGAUGCAUCAACUCUCUUAAAUGCUCUUGAAGUGCUGUCUAAAGUCGACAGCAACACUUUCGCUUCGAAAAAUGAACUUUGGAACAAAUUCCAACGUAUUCUUCAAGUCAUCGAAGACGACCUCAAAGAGAGUCUAACAAUGAUUGCACUCUGGACGGAUCGAGAGGAAAAACGAAACAUUAUUAAAGCAGGGUGGACUCCUCGUAAGGAGCAAAAAUAUCAGGGAGCGAUAUCCAGAUUGAAGCUGCUCAAUAGCCAUAAAAUCCACGAGCUAAGAAGAUGCGGUGCCAAUGUAGCAUCGUUCAACAUGCUACUUACUAGGAGAUUAGAGGUGAUGCGAAACGACUUGGACACGAAAAGUAACGUUGACAUUCGACUCUUCACAUAUGUAACGGUUGUCUUUCUUCCCGUCAGUUUUGCCACAGGAGUGUUCAGUAUGAGCGGUGCGCCAACAAGGGAGCUGUUGGGUAGCAUGGCUUCAACAGCAUGUGUUGCUCUGUUGAUAACUGUGGUAGCAUUACUCAACGCAAAAGUCCUGGGAGCAGAACUCUUCGGACCCAUCUUUAAUGGCAUUCGACCGCUGUCCGAGGCAGCGCUGCGUCCAAUAUUCCGCUUUUGCACUGGAUUGAUCUAUCUGGUCUUACUCUCCAUUAUAUCGAUUUUGCCCAACAAAUGGAUUUAUUUCCUUCAAAAAAGAAUCGAAAAAGCAGCAUCAGAACAGUCAAGUCUGCAGACCAGUGCAAAUGAAGGCUUCGUCGACCGCAAAGUAAAGCAAAUCCGAAACAAAGUAAAGGCAAUUGAAAAGGAAAUCGGGGAAGAAGAAAGAGAAAGGAGAAGGAAGCAGAAAGAAGAGAAAAAGAGAAGGAAACAAGAGGAAGAAGAAGAAAGGAAGAGGGAGGAGGAAGAGGAAGAGCAAGAAAGGAAAAGAGAGGGAAUAAAAAGAGAGUUAAAGGAAAAAGAGGAGGGGGUGGAGGAGAGGCGAGAGGAGGUCGCGAGUUUACGUCAAGCCGACCAAGAUCCGGCGGCAGCAAGAGGACGCACCGGAGAUUCUAGCGACAAAACAGUCGCAUUGUCUAACAUGGAUGUCGAUGAAGGGACUCCAAGAAACAUUUUCGAGCGAAUACGGCAUCGGUUUGGGGGUGGAAGGUCGAGAAUUAAUAGGUCGGAUGUAUAG